AUUCAAUUCGGAUCUGAAUAGCAAUAAUAUUAUAAGAAUCGUUAGAGACAAAAUUAGUAUGUAGACAAAUCCAAGCGUACGAAGCAAUUAACUGACACAUGGAUCUUCUCCACACCCAACCCAAUCUCUUCGCUUCACUUUCCCCAUUCCCCAUGUCAUGUGAUUGAGUGAGUGAGUGAGUGAGUGAGCGAGUGAAACUACAUUCAUAAUCAUAACAAACCAAGGAACUGAAGCGAGAGAGAGAGAGAGAGAGAGAGAGAGAGAGAGAUCAGAGAUGCCUUACAGCAGGUUUUCAGGGUCCCUAACUUCGCCCAAGGUCGACGUGGUUAUUGACAUGGGCAAUCCAUUCCUUAAUCUUACUGUCGAUGGUUUCUUGAAGAUCGGAGCCGUGGCAGCUACCCGGGCAGCUGCUGAGGAUACCUAUCAUAUCCUCCAAAAGGGUAAGGGAAAUAUUUCAAGUCGAGAUUUUGAGAAAAUGCUGAAGAAGAUGUGUAAAGAGGGUGCAUAUUGGGGAACUGUAGCUGGAUUAUACGUUGGAACAGAAUAUGGGGUGGAGAGGAUCCGUGGCAAGAGAGACUGGAAGAAUGCAAUGAUUGGGGGUGCAGUAACCGGGGCUAUUGUUUCCGCAGCCAACAACAAUAAGAAAGAUAGGAUUGCCAUGGAUGCCAUUACGGGUGCAGCAGUUGCUACUGCUGCAGAGUUCAUCAAUUACCUUACCUGAAUGAACCAAAAUGUAUAUCUCACUGGUUUUUUUACUGUUAGGAUCUAUAUUGGUUUACAUGGUAAUGUUGAUGGACCCAUUUGGAUGUCUGCUAAACCUGUGUUUUGAUCACUUAUGUCAAUUAGUUGUUUGCAAGAUACUAUAGUUCACUGUUUUCAUUAAUAACAUUGUGUUUUACACUUUACUAUA